GCAAAUACACUACUCCAAUAGUAAUACUGAAAAAAAAUAAAAGUCCAUCCGCCGCAGCAUUUCGUGGAAGGGGGAUACCGCCGAGAGAAAGAAUGCGACGUGCGUUGGCGAGUGGGAGCUCAGAAAACUGUCAUUCUUAAACAGACAUACACCUGUCGAAGAAUCUCUCUCUCUCUCUCUCUCUCAUACAGGAUAGUUGGAAAAGGAAGACGUAAAGGACAUCAUAACAAAAAGGAAAACACGAACGUGUCACAUAACCUGAAAGAAAGAAUAUUAGAGAAGGCAGCAUGUGGUCUCCGCAGUUUUUCAGUCUCUUGAAGCGGCGCACCGCCGCCUCCUCCUCUGCACCUGCUUUACAGAGAGGUUCGGUCGCAGACGUGCGAGAUAGCUAUACAGCUGCCAGCCUCUUUCCAAAAGAACACUGCCAUGUCGUGUUUGCUGCGUCGCCUCACGUUGAUAGCAGGGAUGAGCUGCAAACCGGCUCGUCGUUUCGAUCGCUCUGUGCGACCUUGAUGGUGCCGCUGCGUCGAUGGGACCCGCUCCUCCGUUGGCGUGAGCGCGCCUCUCCGCGCUCGCACUCAUUGGAUGACGAUAACACGAACUCUAGAGCCGCCUGCGCGACGUCGUGUGAACGAGUUCUGUUGUCCCUCGCUAGCUGGUGUGACAAGGCACGUUUAUGGCGGUGGAAUCGCCGAAAGCGUCGUGCACGCGUGCUCGUCGCCGCGCUGCUCGCGAUCCUGUGUGUGCUGAUGCUUACCGUUGGCCCUCGCCGCAUGGUCGUCGGUCUACUUACCCGUGUGGCGUCGUCGCGGAGACGCAGCUCACCCGUGAAGGACGACGUCCCCCGUGGCCCCAUGCGUCUGCCCAUUUCGAUUCUCGUGCAGCACGAUGGGGUGGCGCAACGGCUGAAGCACGCCUUUGAUCAUCCACACUGGCCGCCGCCGAACUGCUCCACUGACUCCGCCUUCUGUUCGGCAGCGCGUGACGGCGCUCCUGCUGCUGCUGGUGCUGCUACCGAUGGCGAUGUUGGUGGUCGUGGUCCCCGUCUUAGUCGGGAUAUGGUGCCCUCGUGGACCCUGCAGACGGUGGACGCGGACUGUGCGGACUGCGUCGACCACUACGCCUACGAUCUGGCGGUGCGGGACGUGCAACUGCGGGGGCGGCGUGGCGUGUUUGCGCUGUCUCGCUCCCCACGGGGCAUGUUGGGGCCGAUGCUCUUGGCGAUGUCAAGCGUGACGGACGACGUAGACGUGGCGACGGAGCUGCCGCAGUGGGGGUGGUUGCGGCACGUCUACCCGAACUUCCCUGCGGCACUACGCAGCCAACCACCACGGCGGCGGCCGUAUCUUGCGGUGAUGGGCGUGCCGUCGACGGACCAGCCUGCCCGGUUGGCCCUGCGUGAUGCCCAGCGUGCGACGUGGAUGAGCUAUCACGAGGUCGCCCGCAACGAGAACGCCUUCGAGGGUGCACUGCUGCCGCUGUAUUUGUUCGCCGCAGCGGAGCCGGAGACGGAGGCGACGGCGGCACGGCAAGACAUGGUCACCACGUCCGCACUGUGCUCGCUGUGCAACAACGUUUCCACGCUGCUGCCGCUGCAGGCGGAGUUUGUGCUCGCGUCAAAGCUGCUGCUUGCGCAGGACCAGGAAGGAGGCGACCUCGCGUACCGCGGUCCGGGCGUCGCGGCGCGUCGCGUGCGGCUGCGUGAGCGAUGGAUGCGUGAGGCGGUGACGGCAUCGCCGUGCAGCGGGGUGGUGGUGGUGAGAGAAGAAGGCGGCACCACAGAAGAGCAGCCAGGCAAUACGUAUAACUCUUCUUUUUCAGGGCUUUCGUACUUGAGUGCGGCGCUCUCGCUGCCCGUCACGCCGGCUUUCGUGGCACCGGCGCAGUUAGUCUGCUGCGCCUCCGCCGCGCUCUGGCGCGAGACCUUGGAGUACCGCAAUGUGAUCUGGUUAGACAUGAUGACGGACCGCCGCCCGACCACGAACAAGACCCUCGGCUCCUCCGCUCGGUGGGGCUUCCCGGUGGAGAUCGGGAUGAGCCAGAAGUUGGUGCUGUGGCUCACCUACGCCUACCACGCGUUCCCAAGCGUGCCGUACAUCAUUAAGGGCGACGAUGAUGCCUAUAUCAAGGUGCCGCAGUACCUGAGCGACCUUCGCUUUUUCAGCAGUGGCGGCCGAGUGCGCCUCUACGCGCAGCCCACCGGUACUAAUGCGUCGUCGUCCCUCUUCUCUCCCGCCGUGGUGGACCCAGUGGUGGAGGUGGUCGAGGACGCGGCAAUGACGCCAAACCAGACGGAAUGCGUCUACUGGGGCAGCGUCCGCAACUUUUACGCCUACGAGUUCGCAGCAGGCAUGAACUUUAAAGUGCACCGCACCGUCGCCCGGGCGUUGCUGGAGCAGUACUACGCCACGACGGAGGUGAACUGGCUACAGCUCGCGAUGGAAGACUACCACCCGAACUGGACCGGGCCCUACGAGGGGAAGCUGUUCCAUCACGAGGACAUCAUGCUGGGCGUUGCGAUUGGCCGCACCUUUGGCCGCGUCCGCGCCCUCUGCCCGAACCAUAAAGUGUGGUUUGUGAAGGAGAGCUUUUCCAAGUUCCACGAUAUGCACCGCGGGAAGGUGCACGACGUGACGUGGGCAACGGUGGUGGCCCACCGCUGCACCCCGGCGGACUUCCAUUUCCUCCACUACUUUUUUCAGCACGAGUACUCAGCGGCGUCGUGCGCGGCGGCGAACUUGCCGGAGUGCGACGCCGUCGCGCGGGCAGGCGCAGCCGAAUGGAUCGACGCGCAGAAGGCGCAGAUGGUGGCCGCGGAGGCCGGCUCGGCAAAUACGACGAGCUGCGUGGAAGGGUGGGAAACGCUGCCGCUGACGGCGUGGACGCGGCACGUCAACCUGACGAGACUGCCCCCCUUCGUCGUUUCCCCGUACGAUGGCGUGGCGGUGUACGCGAGUGAGUACGAGCUGUGGGAGCACAACGCGACGCGUGUCUUUCACGGUCUUGUGGCGCACGUUUUCCCUUAUACUGAUAUCCCCGUUUGA